GAACUGGAGCCAAAAAAUGAGUGAGACAAUAUCACACAUAAUAUAAUUCCAAAAUCACUCCUAUUGCUAUAGCAAUAUGAUGGGUGACACUGAGAUCAAACCAUCAGUUGAAGUAGUCAUAUGUGCUUCCAUGAACAAUAACAAUAGCGCAAACAACCACACCCUCCCAACCGACAUCACCAAGUCAUCACAAUCACACUUACCAAUCUUGACCAAGCUCCAUGCUGGUUACUUUUUCAUAUGCCUUUCCUUUGGUGCACAAGCUUUGCUCUGGAAGAGUUUGAGUAAACACAACAAGGACUCACAAACUCUCUGGCAUGGAUUCAAUUUGAUGCCUUCCAUUGCGUUUCUACUACUUUGGUGUGUGGCACUGCUCACUGCCACUACUUUGUCUUUACUUUACGUGCUCAAGUGCAUCUUUCACUUGGACAUGGUGAAGGAGGAGUUCUCACAUCAUGUUGGAGUGAACUGCAUGUAUGCUCCUUGGAUUUCUUGGCUUCUCAUGCUUCAAUCAGCACCCAUCAUCGUUCAUUCAACUUCUUGCUACGGAGUUCUUUGCUUGGCCUUUUCGUUUGUAAUAUUGCUGCUUGACAUAAAACUAUAUGGACAAUGGUUCACAACUAAAAAGAGGUUUCUGUCAGUUGUGGCAAACCCUACUAGCCUGGUGUCGGUUAUAGGGAACUUGGUGUCUGCUCAAGUUGUUGCAGAAAUUGGUUGGAAAGAGAGUGCACUUUUAAUGUUCUCACUCGGAUUGGUAUAUUAUCUAAUUAUAUUUGUAACGCUGUAUCAACGUCUGACAAGUGGCAAUCAGUUUCCCACUGUGCUAAGGCCAACUUACUUGUUGUUUUUUGCUGCACCAAGCAUGGCAAGUCUAGCCUGGAAAUCCAUCACAGGUGCUUUUGUCACCCCAUCAAAGAUGCUCCUCUUUCUGUCUUUAUUCCUUUUUAUGUCUCAGGCUUGCAGGCCAGCCAUGUUCAAGAAAUCCAUGAAGAGGUUAAACGUUACAUGGUGGGCGUAUUCAUUCCCUUUAACCUUCCUUGGACUAGCUUGUGCUGAAUAUGCUCAAGAGGUGAAAAGUGGCAUGGCCUCUUGGUUAAUGCUGGUUAUAUGUAUGGUCUCCGUGCUGGUUUUUAUUGCUUUGAUGAUCAUCACUGUACUCAAAAUUGAGAGACUGUUCCAUAAAAAUGCUCCCAUUAUGACUUGAAAAUAAAAUGUCUUUAAACUCAAAAUUGUGCGGCUGAAAAUAAAAUGAUCCAUUAUAGCUGGCCGGCACUUCUCUCUUGUGCUCUUUAAUUAAUUAGUAAGAAGAUUAACUGAGAUAGCACAAGGGUAAAAAUGGAAAUGGAAUUUAUCCCGCUGUCUCCCAACAUGUUAUUUUUC